AUGCAGUCAGGUGGAUCCAGCGCACCUGUGCCACCGUCCUGCCCUUCAUCUGCAAGUACAAAGCUUCCUUCUAGAUCCCACCAUCAGCGGAGGAGACGAGCAGAGGGCCUCUUCCUCACUGGGGACCAUCUAAGGCAGCUUCUGCAACACCUCGAUUCCAUCGGAGAUCAACCUCCUGACCCUCCUUGACCCCAAAAUGACAACCUCCCUCCUGUGCUUUUUUGCUAAUUGUUGAUGGUUGCUAACCUUAAUGUUCUUAAGGUUUUUAUACCGGUGCUUUUAUCCCAUCCUGAGCUGCCCAGAGUCACACUGAGAUGCCCGCAUAUAAAUUUAACAAAUAAAUCAAUUGCAAACUGGU